AUGUAUGCCGAUGAUCUCCGAAUUUACGGACAUGCCUUUCCCGAUAGUAUUGAUGUUGGAAUUGCGGUCAUCAAUGAAAAUCUAGCUCAUGGAAAGAAUGCGAGGUUUGACGAAAAUGCAGACAAGGAACAAGGAACAUUGGUUAUGAUUUUGCAAGACAAUUAUGCAAUUCUACCAUAUGUAAAGGGAGUUACUGACAGAAUAGGCAACAUCUUGAAGAAGGUUUCAAUCAAGACUAUUUAUAAACCACAUAAGAAAGUGAGCCAAUUCUUGAGACCAAUCAAGAGUAACAUUCCUUUACAACAAGCGGGUGUAUAUAAACUUGAUUGUGACUGUGGCUUGUCAUACAUCGGACAGACAAAGAGAAGCAUCGGUACAAGGGUUAAGGAACACGUUUCAGACGUCAGGAAUAGGCGCGCGUCGAAGUCAGCAGUGUGCGAACAUGCAUUGGACAAACCAGGCCAUUACAUUAAAUUUGAUAAACCACAGAUCCUCGCUCGUGAAGACAGAUAUAUACCAAGGUUAAUCCGCGAGGCUAUUGAAAUUAAAAAACACCCAAAUUUCAAUAGAGAAGAUGGCUGGAACCUAUCAAACACCUGGGAUCCUCUUCUUAAAAAUAUGAAAUCCCAUGUCCGUGACCACACCGCAGGACCUCAAGACACCGUGAGCGCAUUUUGCCGGCAUCCAGAGCGGUACGCAAGACAAUUAAGAAAUCGAUGGCGGUAG